AGUUGACAGUAAAAUGCCGUUUCGGGCACCAACUCUGCUUUUCUUACUCUUUAUAAUUGAUAUUUGGAGUGUGGAAACACUAAAUGAAAAAGCUGCUACUUUAUCAUUUAGCGGUUGGUAUAAUAAUCUGUUUGCACCUAAUUCUGGAUCUAAAGGAAAUCCUCUUUGGAAGAAAUUUAUGAAAGCGCAUAUUAACGAAGAGGAACGGGAUAUUAGUGAACCUAAUCCUCGUUUAAUUUCAAAUGCUAUUUUUCAAACAAACUCUGGAACUUUAGAUGUUAGAAAUCGAACUUUACUAUUCGCUAUAUUCUCACAAUUUGUUCAAAACGAGAUUGUGGAUAUUGAUGAAAAUUCUUGCCCGAAUGAAGUGGAAAAGAUCAAAUUAGCCAAAAACGAUAAACUUUACGCUUCAAACUUUAAAUACUUGCCAUAUAUCCGAGUUCACUACAAAUCCUUUCGCUAUCAUACAAGAUGUCAUCCAAAUCAGGUAACGUCGUGGAUUGAUGGAAGUGCUAUCUAUGGUUCGUAUGAAAUAUGGAAUAACUGUCUUCGAGAAUAUAAAGGAGGGAGACUCUGCGAAGAAAAAUUUGGAGAACCUUGUCUGAAUGUAAAAGCUAUCGGUAAUAGGAAUGGUCAUGAGAAUCCUCCACUAUUGGCUAUUUCAAUUGUAUGGUUUCGUUACCAUAAUUUAGUUGCACGACGUUUAGAAACUGCUCAUUCGAAUUGGUCGGACGAAGAUCUAUUUCAAGGGGCCAGAAUAAGAACAAUAGCAGCAUUGCAAAAUGUUAUAUUCUAUGAAUGGCUACCUGCUUUAUUAAAUGAGCCUGUACCGGCAUACGAAGCGUACGAUGGAGAGAAAAUUAACGAGGUUACAAAUGAUUUUGCAGUAGCUAUAAGAUUCUGGUUAAAUAUGCUGCCAACUGCCUUUAUUAUAAGGGAUAAUAAAUGCAAUCUUAUAGGUAAACCCCAGCGUUUUUGCAAUACCUAUUGGGAUUCCCAAAAUUUAAUAAAUCAAAAAGGAUUAGAGAAUAUUUUACUUGGAAUGUGUUCACAAAUAGCUGAAAAACUAGAUGAUAAAUUUGUCGAGGACGUUAUAAACUGUUGGCAUGGUCCUUUACACAGCUCUCGUCAGGAUGCAUUGACUAUAUCAAUAUUAUUAGCUAGAGAUAUAGGUCUCACAGAUUUUAAUCACAUAAAAAAGUCAUUAAAUCUUACACAGUAUAAGGAUUUUAGAAGCUUCCUUCAAAACAUUAACCGAUUGGAUGUAUAUGAUGUAUUAAAUGCUACAUACAAUGGUAAUUUUGAUCAUUUUGAUACUGUUGUUGGUGCAUUGUUGGAGAAUGGUAAUUCUGGUGAAAUUGGUAACACUUUUAAAACAAUAAUAAAAGAUCAAUUUUUAAGAUUAAGAAAUGGCGAUAGAUUUUGGUUCGAAAAUAAAGAUAAUCAUUUAUUCGACAAUGACGAAAUUGAAAAGAUAAAAUCAUUAAAAUUUAGCGAUAUUUUAGCUCAAGUGUCAAAUGGUUUAGACGAUAAAGACUAUCAGGAAAAUGUUUUCUAUUUUAAUACCAGUGAUCCCUGUCCUCAACAGGAGAUACUUAUAUCUGAAAAACUUGAAAAAUGCUUCCAGCAUGAAAAUUACGAUUACUUUAAGAAUAGUGAAAUCUAUUAUAUUAUCUCUUUUGCCUUUCUAUUCACAUUUCCCUUUAUUCUUGGUUUCAUUGCUUUUGUCUUAGUUAAAUAUUUUAAAAGAUCUAAGGCGAGAAAUAUUAAUAAAAUGAUAGAGAUUGAGAAAUCUAUAAGGGGUAUUGGACAAUUGGACGGUUACGAAUGCGUCAAUCAACAACAUCAGAGACCAGUCACUAUUAAUUUAUUAUUAAACAGUGACAAGCAAUUAGAGAUGAAAUUAUAUAAUGAAAAGAGGAAGUUGGUUAGAAAGAUUGCCAUUAAUGUUGGACACGAUCAAAUAUGUCUAACAGAGACUAAUACUUACGGCCAUUGCGGAUUAUAUUUAAAAUCAUUCACUUGUAAUGAUGUUUAUUUAUUAUUCGAAUCUUUAGAACAAAGAAGAGAAUUGGUUGAAUCGUUCAAAGCAAAGCUAAAAGAAUUUCCUAAUAUGGAAUUUUCGUAUGUUCAAGUUGCAAUGUCGAAAGUAUUCGAUACGUUUAUUAGUAACGAGGAAAGAAAACGAACUUUAACUAUAGCAUUUAAAAAUUGCUUUAUGAAAGAUUUAGAAGAAACGGGAGUUUCGAACGAUGUAAAGGAGAGAAUGCACCUUUGUAGGAGUGAACUUGCCGAAAAUUUAGGCAUGAGAGCUGAUUGCGAAUUUAUAAAGCGUCUAUUUAGAUUUGGUGGUAAUUGCAACGAUUCGGAUGGUGGAGAAUUUCUAAGUUUAAGCUGUAUAUUAGACUUAAUAAGUGUAUUAUGCGACGAAACGAAUCCUGAAAAAAUGAAGGUUUUGUUCGAUAUGUACGAUUACGAUAGUGAUGGUUGUUUAACGCAAGAUGAAUUAAAAAGUUUAAUAAAAUCCUUAAUGGAGUUGUCGGUUGCAAGAGAAGUAGAUGAGGAGGAGACAAACAAUUUAGUAGUUGAAUUAUUUGGUCAAGAUAAGACAGAUGUUACAAUUCAAGAAUUUCAAGAGGUUUUUCCAAAUUUAACAAAUGCUAGUUUAACCUUAUUAGAUAAGAAUAAGAAAAGUGGUUUACAUAGGAGAAUGAGAUCAAAAUCAUUGAUAAGCGAUAAAUCUAAAACGCUGGAAGAAAGAUUUAGAUCUGUUGUAUAUUCAACUAUACGUAUGAAGUACACCAAACGUACAUUUAUACGUUUUAGACAUUUUAUUGAGAAUAAACGACAACAUAUCUUCUACCUCUUACUAUUUUUUGGUGUUACUGCUGUAGUCUUUGCUGAAAGAUUCUACUAUUAUCUUGUUUCGGAGAAACAUAAGGGAUUAUUGAAUAUAAUGAGCUAUGGAAUUUGUGUUACAAGGGGUGCCGCUGCCGCAAUGAGCUUUACUUAUUGUUUAUUACCUUUGACUAUGUGCAGGAAUACUUUAACAUUUCUUAGAGAUACGUUUGUACGGCAUUUCCUGCCAAUUGAUAGUGCAGUUCCAUUUCAUAAGGUUUGCGCCUGGACAGCAGUUUAUUUUACAAUCAUGCACGUUUUGGGCUAUUGCUUUAACUUAUAUAAUUUAGCAACUCAACCGUUUGACGCCCUAUGUGUAUUUGAUGAAUUAGUCUUCAAAGAUAAUCUUGAAACUGCAAUGAAAUUUUGGUUGUUCGAAAAUUUAAUUGGAAUAACUGGAAUUCUUUUAUGCAUUAUCGUAUCUAUUAUCUAUAUCUUUGCAGUAACUCCAGUAAGGAGACAUUGCUUUGCCCUCUUCUGGAAUACUCAUAAGCUUAUCUAUUUAUUAUAUUUUCUUACUAUACUCCACGGUGUAAGUAAGAUAGUUCAAAAUCCUUAUUUUCCCUAUUAUUUAUGUGGACCAGCAAUCAUAUUUGCACUUGACAAGACAGUUGCUCUAACAAAACGUCAGAGGGCGACAAUGGUAUUAAAAUGCGACCAUCUGCCAUCAAACGUCCUUAAAUUAGAGAUCAAAAAGCCACCGAACUUUUCCUACAGAUCAGGACAAUACGUUUAUCUUAAUUGUCCAAAAAUUGGAGAAUCUUAUCAUCCUUUUACAAUAAGUUCAGCUCCUCAUGAACCAACUAUACAUUUACAUAUUAGAUCUGUUGGACCAUGGACUUAUCAAUUACCGGUUAUAUUCGAUUGCGAUUCAAGUGAAUAUCCGCCAGUUAUAGUUGAUGGCCCUUACGGAGGGCCUCACGAAUAUUGGAAAGGACACGAAGUAUGCGUCUUGAUUGCUGGUGGCGUGGGAAUAACGCCCUAUUCAUCAGUCAUUAAGGAUCUCGUAUACAAGUCUAAACUUGGUCAGCAUAUCAAGUGUAAAAAAGUGCAUAUUAUUUGGGUUACGUCAUCUCAAUAUCAAUCUGAAUGGAUCCUCGACAUGUUUAAGGAAUGUGAGGAGAAUGACGUUAAGAAUAUUCUUGAUAUUAACAUAUUCAUUACUCAAUUUUACGACCAAUACGAUCUGAGAACUUCUUUCCUUUUCGUUUGCGAGGAUGCUGCAAGAAAAAGUACCAACAAAAGUCUUAUAACGGGCUUAAAAGCAAGAACUCAUUUUGGCAGACCCAAUUUUGAAAAACUAUUCAACAAUAUCGCACUAUCUGCUAUGAAUUGCAAACAAAUUGGAGUUUUCUCAUGCGGACCACCAGGUUUAAGCAGAACUAUUGAUAAGAGUUGCCAUAGAGUUUCCAGAAUCAAAGGAAAUCCGAACUUUUGUCAUUUAUAUGACAACUUCUAA